AUGAAACUUAGUUCGUUACUAAUUCUAUUAACAUAUUUUUUAAAUGUUCCAAAUUCUUUAUCAACAUCUUCACGCUUUGCGCGUUGGACGCAUGCAUCAGCAUUAGUGGGAGACAAGUUAUAUUUUAUAUGUGGAAUGAUAGACCUUAAAUCUGUUAUCGGCACAAGAGAUUUAUUUUACCUUGACUUAUCAAAAAACUUUAAAGAUUCAUUACCAAUUAUUGAAAUUUCAUCCAAUUUGCUGGUGGUUAACAGCGAGCCCUAUGUGUUAAAUGAGGCUCGAGAUGAUAUCGAUUUUGUUUUUACAUUUUCAACCCAUAAUAAUACAUGGCAAAGACCUUCAAUUUAUGGUACGCCACCGACUUCAAAUCCGCUCGCAGCCAUAUACUCUGUAGUUGAUAAAGCUGGAAAAAUAUAUUUAUUUGGUGGAGACAAUAGAAUUAUAGCGUUCAGUAAAAUUUUUAUAUUGGAUACCAUCAAAUUAAGCUGGCUAAGUAGCAGCAACGCAGGACUGCCCUUUAAUAAAACUAACUAUGCAGGUGUUUUAUUAAACACUGGUGAAAUUCUAUACAUUGGUGGUGUCGAAAAUUUUCAUAGUGAUAAAGUGUCUGAUAUUAAUAAAAUUCUAGUAUAUGAUACAAAAUCUUCCGAGUGGUCUAUGACUACUGUAGAUGGUUCGAUAAUUGAUUCGCGCGUUCAUCAUACAGCUAUUUUAGCAUUAGUAGAUGAUAAGUUAUAUUUUAUGUGUGGAAUGCCAGACAGUAAAUAUGAUGUCGGCACAAGGGAUUUAUUUUACCUCGACUUAUCAAAAAAUUUUAAAGGCUCGUUACCAAUCAUUGAAAUUUCAUCUAAUUUGCCAGUAGAAGUCAGGUGGUCGACUGCGAGCGUAUAUGGUUCAUCAAUAUUUAUGAGUGGCGGUUGGUUAGCCUAUGUGUCAAAUGGGACUCGAGAUAGUAUCGAUUUUAUUUUUACAUUUUCAACCAAAAAUAAUACAUGGCAGAGACCUUCAAUUUAUGGUACGCCGCCGGCUUCAAAUCCGCUUGCAGCCACAUACUCUAUUAUUGAUAAAGCUGGAAAAUUGUAUUUAUUUGGAGGCGACAAUAGAGUUAUAGCGUAUAGUGUUUUAUUAAACAAUGGUGAAAUUCUAUACAUUGGCGGUAAAGAAAAUUAUCAAACUGGUAAAGUGGCCGACAUUAAUAAAAUUCUGGUAUAUGAUACAAAAUCUUCAGAGUGGUCUACAACUAUUGUAGGUGGCUCGAUAAUUGAUUCGCGCAUUCAUCAUACGGCUAUUUUAGGUGCGACAAUUCGUUAUCUAUCGUUGUCCAAUGAGAUUUAUUUAUUUAAUAUCCGAAAGAAUGCAUGGACAACAGAAUUUAUUUCAAAUAGUGUUCCAGCAACAACUGGGGACCCAACUACAACAGCCAGUGUCUCAACUUCGACCACCGCGAGUUCAAAUCCACAAAGUAUAACGGUUAUAAUAGCUAUAAGUGCAAGCGUCACUAUAGGUGCUAUGGUUUUAAUAGCCUUGGUUGUAUUUUUGGCCUAUCGUUAUUAUAAAAAAAGGAAACUUUCAAACGUUAUUCGUGUAUUGUAA